AUGAGCGUGCUGAUCACAGAAGACGACAAGGAGCGCGCAAAAAAUGCCUAUAGCAUUUCAAAUCUGCUCCUCGAGCAGCACCACAAAAAGGAGAAUUCGAGCCCAUCAGCUUCUUCCUCAGCUUCAGAUGAUGAAUUGAGAUGCGCGAGCACCGAUGAAGAACACACCGCAUCCAGUCCAUUCUCAUCACAGCAAUUCAUAUUUCCGCCGACGGUUUCGAGCUCGACUUCUUCGGAUUCGGGAGUGGUGUCGAAUAAUGGGAAUCCGUUGGGUUUGGAUUCGAGCCAAUUGCAGACUUAUAUGUUUUUGUUGUCGCAACAUUUGAGCAAUUCGGCGGCUGCUGUUAGAGCUGCGCAAGAGAAUAGUGAGUUUGACGGGGGAAAAAUGCCACGUGGUUUUUCGUAGCCUGAAAAACAUAUCUGAAUCCCGAGAAUCCACGUGGAAGAAAUCCUGCCACACAAAAUUAAUAUAAAAAAUUGGAUUUUCCAAUUGCCACGUCAUAUUUCACGUGUAAAAUUCUAGCUUUUUUUUUUAAAUUUUCUAAUUAAUUUCAAACCCAAAGUCCACGUGGCAAAAAAACACAAAUUCCUAAUUGCCACGUCAUAGUUCACGUCACGCAAAAAUUGUUCUUUGAAAUUCUUUUUUUGAUCCACAGAUUUCCAGAACUUUCUAAAUUCUUUGCCACGUCAUAGCUCAUGUUUAAAAAAAAAUCUGAUAAUUCAUUUGUCUUCUAAUCAAAUCCAUGUGGCAAAAUUCAUAAGGGGGGUCCAAAUUUGGAACCUUAUCCUGUAUGAUCCACGAAACUCAAAAUGAGAUGGCCUAGAAAACCAAACCGUCUACUGUAUUUUUCGGUUUUCUCUUCCACGGCUCUGUGAAUUUCCUGAAUUUUUCCUUUCAAAAAUCUUUUACUCCAAUAGAAAAUGGGUCAGACGAGAGACGACGAGAGUUUAAUGACGUCAUCGUCGCUUCGAGAUAUUUUUGAGAAAAUGUGUGUCCCUUUGAGAAAAUACCGUAAUUUGUUUCAAGGAACACACGAAAUUCAUUUUUGGGAAAUUUUUGCAAAAUACUCUCGUCGUCUCGCGUCUGACCCAAAUCAAAAUGUUCUCAAUACCGUAUUCCUCUUCCCCUACAGAAACCCAUAGGCGUCCUUCAAGCGUUCCUUCCUAAUCUAAUAAUAAUAAUAACAAAUGCAUGUCUAAAUCGUGUCAUCAUCAUCAAAAUACAACAUUUAUAAAUAAAUAAAUAAAUAAAUUGAAUUUGACUUUUCCUCUCUUCUCAGUUUCACCCAUCUGCCUCUCCCCCCGUUUACACGAUAGGUUAUGAGAGAUGAUACUGUAUUUUAUAUUCAUAACUGCCAGCGCAAUGCAUUAUUCAUAGGAGGGCAAGAAUAUGAUGAUGAUUUGUUUUGUAUUUAUGUUGUUAGAGAAAAAUGGGGGGAGAUGAGGUAACUUGGAAAAUGUUGAAGCUUGGCAUAGGCUAAGGCUGUUUGAGCUUAGACUUAGGCUUGUUAGAAUAUGAGGCCACGAUUUUGAAACUUGAAAACCCUAAAUUAACCUGACAGGAUAUCAAACAGGCAAGAGAUGUGGUAACUUGAAAAAAUUAGAUUAGAAGCCUGGUGGGCCCAGGCUUCUGGGCUUUUAAACAAGGUGGACCCAGGCUUGGGCCUUUUCAUUGUUUGCGAUUUUUAUGUGGCUAGGCUAAGGCUUCCGGGCUUCUGGGCUUUUAGAUUCCGAUUUCUAGGCUUGGAUUUUUAGGCUUAACCUUCUAGAUUCAGACUUUUCUCUAGGCUCUCUAACCUAAGCCUAACCUAAGACUAACCUAUGCCUAACUCAAGUCUAACCUAAGCCUAGGCGUUUCAAGCUCUCUGGGCUUUUUAAAAUCUCCAGGCUCUUCAGGCUAUCUAGGCACUCCAGGCUCUCUGGGCUUCUCUAGGCUUCUAGGCUUCUAGGCUUCUAGGCUUUCAAGCUCUCCAGACUCUCCAGGCUCUCCAGGCUUCUCCAGGCUCUCUAGGCUUCUCUAGGCUUCUCCAGGCUCCCCCUCUCGACCUCUCACUCCGAAAUCUACUCUCCAAGCAGCUACACAAACUUUUUUCUCCGCCUCCGUAUCCAAUCAAAAUUAAUUAGCCCUCUUCUCCAAAACUACCUCCCACCCCAAACAUCCUGACGCCUAACUGGCUCAUUAAUUAAACGUCCUUGGUCAUUUCAUAUAAGUGAAAUGACAUUUUCCACAAAAAAAACAGCUAACUUCUAUUUAUUUUUCCUACUGUAGGAACUUGGAGGGAUUAUAAAUAAGAUUUUGUUGCGAAAAAGUUUUAUUACAGUAGUUAAAUGGCAGCAUAUGUGUUUUAGGGGGGAAAGGCCGUGAGGAUUAGGGAGACAUGAGGUGCGGACCAUAAAAUGUGUUGUUAUGAUGAUGCACCAGACAAAAAUAAAGAGGAACAAAGAAGUUUAUGAGAUUUAUUUAUUAGUGUGUUGAGUUGAGAUGAAAUGGAAUGGAAUUAUGAGAGAAAAAAGGGGUUAAUGUAUGAUUUUCAGCACCUUGCAGCCAAAUACACGAAAAAAUCGAAUUUUCAAAGUGACUGAAAAAAUGUAUCCAAAUUUUGAAACAGUGAAAAAUUUAUGAGAUAAAAAUUUCGCGCCGGAAAUCAUGAAUUCACUGGAAUUCGAUGAAAAUGAAGCAAAACAUAUGGAAAUUUUGAAACAGUGAAAAAAUCUACGCUUUAAUUUUGCGCUGAAAAUCAUAGAUUCACUGGAAUUUAUUGAUUUCUUGAUUUUCAGCACAUAAUUUGAAGCUUUCAAUGGGAAAAAAUAUUAGAUUUCAAAAAAUUAUCCAAAUUUUGAAACAGUGAAAAAAUCUAGACCCAAAUUUCGCGCUGAAAAUCAUGAAUUCACUGAAAUUCGCUGAAAAUGAAGGUUUCCGUGAUUUCAGCGCAAAAUUUGAGGCUUCCAAUUGGAAAUUCAUUUUCAGCACGAAAUUCUAGUCUCUCAAUUGGAAAGUAUCAAAUUUCAAUCAUUGCAAAGCAUAUCCCAAUUUUGAAACAGUGAAAAAAUCUAGACCCAAAUUUUGCGCUGAAAAUCAUAGAUUCACUGAAAUUCGCUGAAAAUGAAGGCUUUCAUGAUUUUCAGCACAAAAUUCGAGUAUUUCAAUCGGAAAUUCAUUGAAAAUGGAGUAUUCCAUAAUUUUCACUGCGAAUUUUUGACCUUGAACAUCGAUGAAUCGAAUUUUCAAAGUGAUUGAAAAAAAUUAUCCAAAUUUUGAAACAGUGAAAAUUUUAUUAGAUAAAAAUUUCUCACCGAAACUCAUGACUUCACCGAAAUUUGAUGAAAAUGAAGCAAAACAUGCAAAUUUUGAAACAGUGAAAAAUCUAGACUCAAAUUUCGCGCUGAAAAUUAUAGAUUCACUGAAACUCGCUGAAAAUGAAGGGUUUCGUGAUUUUCAGCACAAAAUUUCAGUUUAGAGGGAGAGGUCUUUAUGAUAUCAGAUUCCAAAAAACAAUUCCAAAACAUAUGCAAAGUUUGAAACAGUGAAAAAAUCUUUUAGAUAAAAAUUGUGCGCUGAAAACCAUAGAUUCACUGAAAUUAGCUGAAAAUGGAGGGUUUCAUAAUUUUCAGCGCUAAAUUUUGAUCUUGAUAACCAAUCAAUCGAUACAUCGAAUUUUCAAAGUGAUUGAAAAAAUUAUCCAAAUUUUGAAACAGUGAAAAAUCUAGACUCAAAUUUUGCGCUGAAAAUUAUGGAUUCACUGAAAUUUAUUGAUUUCUCGAUUUUCAGCACAUAAUUUGAAGCUUUCAAUGGGAAAAAUAUCAAAUUUAAAAAAAUUAUCCAAAUUUUGAAACAGUGAAAAAAUUUUCAAGUAAAAUUGUGCUAAUUUUUCGAUUUUCAGCACAAUUUCAGCAUAGGUGCCAGAUUUUUCUUUAAAAAUUAGCCACGUAGUAUAGCUCUACCUUCUCCAAAACCCCCUAAUCCCAUAUCUUUCCAGCCUCCCGCUCCAUCAACCCCUUCAACCUUCUCACCGGUCUUCCCGGCGGUCUUCAAAACCUCGCUCGCCUCCCACAUCAUCACAACCCCCAUCAAAUGCAACUGUCGCCAACCUCGCUAAGCCUUCAGAAAAAACAAUCGCGACCAACUUUUACCGGCCAUCAGAUCUAUCAAUUAGAGAGGAAAUUCGAGCAAACGAAAUAUUUGGCAGGCGCCGAUCGAGCACAAUUGGCACAGGAAUUGAGCAUGAGUGAAUCGCAAGUUAAGGUAAGUCUCAUACAACAUCUUUUUAAAUACAUAAUACGCUAAUAAAACCUUAACAAUAAGGCCUUAGUCAUCGCCCUAAUAACUACAAAUGCCCAUUGUUAAACCAAUUAAUAAUACAACUUUUCUCCUUUUCAAGGACAAUAAAAAAUCAUAAGAUCCGGAUGGGUGUUUUCAUUUUAUACACCCCAUUUAACCCCACCUUAUUGAUAUUUAUUUAUUUAUUUUAGACUUUUUUAUGUUGGGGGGAAAAAGGGAAGACCAACUGUACAUUGAUGAGUCCCCUGGGGAACGGGAAAAACAAGUGUGUUGUUUGAAUUUUAAUUUUAUUCGAUUCGAUAUAUGGGUUUUAUGCACUGAAUGACAGAUGAUAUGGGUUUUUGAGUAGAGCGAGAUGAGGCUUUUUGAAAUUUAAAGGUGUGGUUCGACAAGUCUCAAAAAAACGCUCUGCAAAAAUAUGCGGUUUGUGAUGUUUGGAAGUACGCAAAGGCAUCAAACAUGACGACAAUUUUUUUCUUUUCCCUCUCUCAAUGUUUCAACAGAAAAAAAACGUCUCUCGUGUUUUUUUUAUUUUUUAUUUGUUUUUUCAAAAAAUUCAAAAUUUCAGCUCUAUUAAAUGGAAACGAAAUUGAAGAACACGCGCGGAGAAUGUGAAUUUGACCCAACACUGGAGGAGAUGGAAAAGCACCGUAGAUUGAUGAACGAACGAGAGAUUGAAGAUUCUAAAAAAUGCCUGAAAAAGUUGUUUAAAGAAUACGAGGCAACAUGUUUAUGUGGUAAAUGUAAUAAUUUGGAUGACAUGGAAUAUUGCUGCGCGAGUAUAUUCCCAUCAAAUGUGAAAUUUCAAGCGAACAUAGGAAAAUUGGUGUCUGAAAAACUCGAAGAGAAAUUUUGGAAGGAGUGAACACAACAGAUGUCUUGUUGAUUGUGAUAAUUUCGAAAAAUAUUUGGACGAGGAAGUGGGUUAUGUACAGGAAAACAAUGAAUUAAUGUAUUAUUUCAGACUUUGAAAGUGUUCAAAACUGGAUAUAAGUUUGGAUUGGGAAUUGAUGAUAAUUCUUGGAAACCAACGUGA